AUGGCCCCCUGUACCGCCUCCUCUAUGCUGCUGCCAGGCCAGUAAUCUGCCAUGGGAUCCCGUACCGACUCCUCAUGCUGCUGCCAGGCCCGUAAUCUGUCAUGGGCCCCUGUACCGCCUCCUCAUGCUGCUUGCCAGGUCCAGAGUGUGUCAUGGGUCCCUGUACGCCCAUCCCAUUGCUGCUGUCUCCAUCCCACACUCUGCUGGCCAUAAAACCACUUUCAGGUCUCCUCCUCACACUGCUGGUGUAUAGGUUCCAUUUUUUUCAGGAUAGGGUGCUGUAUGGCGCUCCCAUUGCUGCUGCCUCCACCGCCACACCACACGUGGCUCCACACUCUGGUUUGGCCCCGUGACUGCCCAAAUGAGUGAAGUGUGCGGUGAUUCUAAGAUCGACGGCACUCAUGCUGCAAUGUCAUCACUGACUGACAUAUUAUUUCUCUUCCCCAGCAGACUCCAAGGGCAUUUAAAUUAAAGGUACAGUGUUCUGCACAUAAUAUAA